CCAUACCCCAAAUAUUUUCACCGGUGGUUGUUUGUUGGUGUUGGCCUUCACUAGGCCACAGCCUUUGCUUGUGGCUGCAAUUUUUUAUUCCAGUUUUCGUGGGGCCUAAAAGGCAACCCCACCAAACUUCCAUAAAUCGUACGACCAAUCUCCACUUCCAACUUCUACCUCUCUUCAGGUUAGUUUGCUCUUCCUUUGCAUUUCUUGAUUUGAAGACUGGCUUUAAGUUGCUUCAUUUUUAUAUUACUCCCAGUAAUCUUCUGUUUGGGUUUUCUGCGCUUUUCCCUUGGUGGGUUCCUUUUGUUUCUGUUUCUAGUUGCUAUUUUUGUUUUGAAGUUUGAAUUUUGAAUUUUGUGGGGAUCAUCUUGCUGUAUCUUAAUUCUUACAUGAUCAAUUUGCAAUGAUGUUCUUAGCACAGAGGUAAUGGAUGCUUAAGGAUUUUACUGUCUGUCUAAUGAAAAAAAGAAAAAGAUAGAAGUAGAUUGAAUUGGUGUGAAAUCAGUGUAAUCGUAAAGGGAUUCGUAAUAUUCUUUUUAUUGCUUAUGAUGAUGGAACUUCUCAUAAGCAUUUAUCAUUAACAGAUUCUGGGAAAUCAGGAAAUUGUAUAUUCCCUAAGUCAUAAUUGUGUCUCAAAACUCAAUUGCCUGUGGGAAGGAGACGAGGACUUGACACGAAGACAGUAGCCACUUCUAGCUUGAAUUUUGUAAUGAACUGUAGGAUUAGCCUUUCACAAGCCAAGGAAGAAAAAAGAAUCAGCUGUCAGAGAAGUGAACCUUAUUGUUUGCUUUCCAGUGUCAGCUUGGUAUGUCUUGUUUUCCCUUUAGGCCAUUAGUUGAUUAAAUUGGACCUUAUUAAUUUGGACCAGAGAUCACGCCUAAAGGAUUUGCCCAAGGUCCGAUUCAGAUUUAUCAAAUGACAAAUGAUCACUGGCUGAAAUGUGAAAGGGAUGGAAGGUGCUGUUGGAGCUAGCUGGUACAUGUUUAUAGGCCAUAGGCUUGUGAUUGAAUUUGAAUCUACCCAUUACUUGGAAGUUGGAUGGUCAUUGGAUGUGAGAUGGCUUUUACCUGGUUCUAUGCCCUGCCACUGGACUGAAGAAUUGUAAAAGAUCAAGCAUAUUGCACUAGAAAAACUGAGAAUUAAUAAAUAGCUCAUUAAACUUGGUUAUAGCGCAAAAACUUUAAUAGGUUAAUUCCUUCAGGUUUUUCAGACCUUUGGUUCUUGAACACAUUUAAAAUUUAAAGAAUGGUGACUUCUUGAAAAUUUAAAGACUAUGAUAUGGGCUUGAGGGAAGGUGAAAUAUACUUGAAAUUAUCAUUUGACAUCUAUAAUGUCUUUAAACUAGUGCUUGUGAUUCCAAUAUCAGGUGCAUGUUUUAAGGAAGAUAUUAUCUAUGAUCACUCCUGUAAAGUGACCUCAGUACUGGAAACUGCUAUUAUAUGUUGUUAAUGCAUAAUGUCCUGAAUCUAUCAUCUUCCCAACACAGUAUCUUUCUGCCAAUAAUUAUCUAUGUUAAAAAAAAACUGGACAUUUGGUAUUAAUUGUUAUUAUUUUGAUUUUCAUGUUUGUAAGCAUGGAAGUAUAUUAGAUAAUUUGCAACAGUGGGGCUAAUGGUGCUUUGUUAUCAUAUCAUCGUACUAUGAUCUUUGGGAAUGAUUUUAGAAUUCCUUUCUCUUAUGAUGUUUUUUCUUAUAAUACUGGCAGUAUUUGACCCCCUAAAUAAUGUGCUUGUUCUUACUUAAGCUUUGAGCUGUUAUAAGGGCAAUGCUGGCUGGUAUCAUUUUAUUCUUGUAUUGAUGUUUGCCAUGGCACUUAAAGCAAGCAAGGUUUCAAGCAGUGCUUUUGUGACUCAGAGGACCAGUACCUCCAGAAUAAAUGGAGUUAUAUUUUCUUUUGUCAAGUCGCAACCACAAAGUAAGCUACAUCCUAUAAAUCAAGGAAUUCAGUUGCGGCAACUAAGCAAUGCCCAUCCCCUGGCAUCGAAAUUGGGUUCUGGUGAGAAUUUAUGGGGAAUACAUGGACAGCCAGUUAGUUUCCUCGUCUCUCGGAGAUCUACCAGCAUAUGCCUGUCAACACCAACUCCUAGAACUGAAGAAAAGGAAUGCAUUAGACCUUAUAGUGAUUGUUCCGAUGUGUCCAGCAUGCAAAUUGGAGAAGAGGAAGAUGAGUGCUCAGUCAUGCCCGCACGAGUUUUUCACUCAAAUCAGGGCUUAGCUCAAGCUUGCAAAUUUGUACAUAAUGAUGCAAAAUUUGUAAAUGAAAGAGCACGUAAUGACAUUAUCUUACUUUCACGUGGAAUUAUGAGCUUGAAUGCCCGUGCACGCAAAGAUGUUGCUAUUCUUGGGUCAAAGUUUCUUAAACUUGAUGAGAAAAUCGACCGCAACAUGAAGAAGAAAGCUGAACGUCUUCAUCACAUUGCUACUGUUUUAAAGGACAGAGCUCAGUCUAGAUUGAAAAGUGCUGCUGAUAAGCAUUGGAGUGAUGGAGCCUUAGAGGCUGACUUGCGCCGUGCUGACUUCCGUGCCAAGCAACGAGCAAUGGAAGAUGCACUGAUGGCUUUGGAGUUUGUUAAGAAUAUUCAUGAUUUGAUGGUGAGCAAGAUGUACAAAUUCCCUCUACUUGGGGAAAAGGGUUCACCUUCAGCUAAUGACAUUCUUGGAUCUAUAAUGCUUGAGAAAAAUGGAAGGACUUUGGAUUUUUUCCCUGGAGAAGUUUCUACCAAUCGUAUUACUGCUAUUCAGGGAGCUUACUGGAGUAUGGCAUCUGCACUCUCUGAAGCUGAUGGCAUUGACUACACUGAUCCAGAAGAGCUAGAGUUGUUGAUUACAACUCUUAUAGAUCUUGAUGCAAUGGAUGGUAAAAGUAGUGUCUCAUUAUUGGCAGAGUGUUCUAGUUCUCCAGAUGUUAAUACAAGAAAAGCAUUGGCAAAUGCAUUAGCAGCAGCCCCAUCAAUGUGGACGCUUGGAAAUGCAGGCAUGGGAGCACUGCAGAGACUGGCAGAAGAUAGAAACCCAGCAAUUGCUGCUGCAGCAUCCAAAGCAAUCUAUGAACUGAAGAAACAGUGGGAAAUAGAGGAAGGAGAUAGUUGGAGGUUUAUGAUGAAUCAGAAAUUUGAGGAAAUAGAUCAUGAAGAAGAAGACAACAAUGAUACAGAUAGAGAUACAGAAUGAGAAGCAUUCACAGUUUCACACACUUACAAUGUAGAUUUCUAUAUGUAGGUCUAUAAGUUGCAGGUUAACCCAGUGACUAUCAUUCACCAGAGGUAAUGAGUGAAUGAUGUAAUGAAAGGGCUCAUAUUUUUAUGGUCCUUUAAUCUAUAUCCAAGUAAUGCCCAAGGAUUCAUAUCUGCUUGCCUAUUCCGCUGUUCAUCUGCUGAAGUUAAUGUGUUUGUGUGGGCAUCAAAGAAGUGUCAUAUUUGGGCCCAAUCCUAUGUGGAUUCUGUCACCUUGGUGCUAGAAUACAUCUCAAUUAUGUGUAUAAUAAGCUACAUCUCUUCCAAA